AACCAUGGGCAGAAGAAGGAAAAGGAGAAAUCCGAAAUUUGAAUAUCGGAGACAAAAUCCUGAUAUAUUUCCCCAUUUCUGUGAAAUAUGCACGCCACAACGUCGUUUUAAGGAGAAGCCAGCUUUGGAUCAGCAUGACAAAAUGAAACACCCUUUUCCCGAAUUGGCAACACCACAUCCCUGUUUAUCCUUUGAUUAUUCUGUGCAAAGGAUACAUAGUAAUCUGAUGUAUUCAUCAACAAGCUCACCUCUUGGCACAUUGUCAGCGAGUGAACUCCAAACAUUUGUGACUAAUGAAAUAGAACCUGACACAGCCUACAAUUCCAGUUGUAAAGCAGUUGUACACCGCCUUUGUCAAUUCAUGCAAAACAACUUUCCAGCUAAACUGAGACCAUCAGAAGUUGUCAAAAGUGGAUCUCUUGGAAAAGGGACGGCAGUGAAAGGCAAGUCUGAUGCUGACCUUGUCGUUUUCUUGUCCAAUUAUGACUCUAUUUCUUCCUUGAAACAAAACUUACCAGAAAUUUUAAAGGAGGUUGAAACUUACCUUGGUUCCUAUGGCGAUUGUACUAUUACUGGUAAAACAAUACACGCCGUUCAGAUUUCCUUGAGUUGUCAUGCCAAUCAUUACCAUGAUGUGGACAUCCUACCAACUGUCAACAUAUUGGCCAAACAAUCGAAAAGCCAAAUUUAUGCCGAAAUGAAGUUGAAAACACUUCAUGAUCAAGGGUUUUAUUCUGCACCAUUGACUCCGCUACAGAUUGAGUUUGUAUCCCAUGUUCCAGCAAAAGUCAAAACCCUUAUCCGAUUGGUGAAAUACUGGAAAAAGACCGAAUUAGCGAGAAUUAAAGGGAAACCUCCGGUGUCUUAUCUCCUUGAACUGAUAACGAUUGGAAAAUGGGAGAUGGCCGGGAAACCACAAAAUUUUGAGCUUAGGAAAGGAUUUUUCCAUAUAAUUUCAGCUCUCGUGCAGAACAGAUAUUUGGAAUUGGCAUGGAACACAAAUUAUAGAGCACAAGAUUACACAAAGUUUUGCACAGUUCCUUAUGUAUUAGACCCUGCUCAUCCAUUCAACAACGUAAUGGGCUCCUGUAAAUGUUGGGAGGAGGUAGCUUACAUGGCAAAUUUGUUUCUUACUAAAGAACUUUUCCAGGGACUUUCUUCCUUAAGUGGAUGGCUGUAAACGAAUAGCAGCAACCUAUGACCAAGAAUAUCCAAGUUUCCCAUUUAUCA